AUGGGUAACCCAGAGUCAAAUGUGACAGACCUUGGUCAGCUUCCAAGAACAUCAGUCGCGCCUCACUUACCCCUGGAAAAUGUUUUUAAGAUUGAAACGGAUUCAAAUAUAAAAAAGGUCUUGUGGGAUCCCUCAAAGGAACUGACCAAGUUUGUAUCGAUUCAUGAUUCUUCCUUUCGCGUCUGGGCUUUCGAGGAUCAAUUGAUAUCUGCAAAGGUAUCCAAUACAAUUGACUUUCCAUCUUCAAGUGAAAAUUUGUCUCCACUGACGACUGGAGUCUGGAAUCCAAAUCGCCCAGAAAUUGCAAUUUGCAAGGAAUGCUCAAUUCAAGGUUGGGAUCUUAGAUCACAAUGUAUUGAGGGAGCACAUUCUAUUCUUGUUCGCGCUUUGGAUUACAAUCCGAACAAACCAUACCAAAUCGCGUCAGCAGGUGAUGAUUGCAAAGUAAGAUUCUGGGACCUUAGGAAUACAGCCGAGAGUCUUAAAGAGAUAUCUGAUCAUACACACUGGGUUUGGGCUAUUGCUUACAAUCGAUUUCAUGAUCAGCUUUUUUUAAGCUCUGGUUCUGAUUGUCAAGUGAACCUUCAAAGCAUUGUUUCUAUUUCUUCGGCUGCAUUUCAAUAUGAGGAUGACGAAUCCGAAGAUGAAUAUCAAGAUAUAACAGGAUUUGCCAAUAGGAAGCCAACAGACGGUUUGGUGAGAACUUAUGAUCAACACGAAGAUAGCGUUUAUUCUGUCGCCUGGAGCGCUUCUGACCCUUGGGUUUUCUGCUCUUUAUCCUAUGACGGAAGAGCUGUUAUUAACAGAGUACCAAGUGAAGAAAAAUACAAGAUUAUUUUGUAA